ACUUUGCACCCGGAACAAAGAGGGAGAGAAAUCAAAGCAAGCGGCUCCGUUUCCAGUGUGUUUCAGUGUGUGUUCCAGCCAUGUCUCCCAGAGACGUCCAGCAGGACCUGGAGGACCAGUUCAACGACGUGGUCUCCAGGCUUCAGUCCAAACAGUUCUUCCAGUCGGACUGGGACAUCGCGUCCUUCGCCAUCUUCUUCACCUUCGUCGGUAUGAUCCUGAUGCUGAUCAUCCUCGUGCUCAUCCGCUGUUUCUGCUGCUGCUGCUGCGACGACGAGCCUCGCAGGAUGAAGGUCGGCGUCGACAACUUCGCUCUGGCGUAGAAACAAAACGCUUUCUGAAGAACCCGAGCGCCGUGAACACGCCUGAAGCCGACCCCUCCACCUCCUCACCCCCCCUCCAUCCCUCCACCUCCACCCCUCCACCUCCUCACCCCCCCUCCAUCCCUCCACCCCGCCCCACCCCUCCUCUGCAGCUCUGCACACCGACUGAACUGUUUUACUGUCAAUGUUUCACCUGGAAUAAAAUGUUUGUACUUUG